AUGACGACGUCGUUAUUAUCAAUGAAGGAGAAACAGACGGAGACGGCGUAUGAUGGAUACAUUUUUAGAUAUUGUCGUGAAUUGAAGAAGACGUUGAAGUCGGAUUGUGUUGUCAACGCGUUCUCAUCGCCAUGCUGCGUUCCGGUGGCCGGUUUCAGCAAAGAGGUGAUGCCGGAUGAAACGAGCGCGAAGAGAAAACGAAUGCGCCGCCCGAGUCUCCUCAAAUUGCUGGAAACACGCGAAAUCGGCGGACAGAAAUACUCCAACGAUUUCGAGGAAUUUUUCAUUCGUUCGGAGCUUCGCGAAUACCGAACACUAAUGAUUUAUGAAAAUAUUGGUCAUCGAUUUGAUUUCUUAUACCAUGAAAAUGCGAUUUUGGAUCGAAAAGCGAAAACCGUCAAGUGCACGAAUGACGCUUUGAUGCCGAUACGAAUAGUCGAAGAUCGAGCGGAAGCAGUUAUCGACUUUUUCUGCGUCAAGUGCGGACCACCGCAAACGAACUACACGGUGUUUUUGACUGGAAAACGGCGGAGAUACGCGGUGGAAAUUCGCGAUAGUGUUGAACGUGGCGCGAAGUUUCGCGAUCGCAUCGAAUUGCCCGUCGAGUAUAAAUAUGGCGGAUUUCGUUGGAAUAUCUAUGGCAAAUCGUGGUAUUUGGUUGGCCGUCGCACCAAUUUAACGAUGCUUUUAAUAUUCGAUUGCCAUCCGGCUCGCCCGAAAUAUUGGCUGAAAAUCGCGCGUAAAUCGGCCGAAAUGAUUACGAUCGAGUCGAAUUUGAUCAAAGUGGCCGAUGAGAAAUGCACUAAAUUUUAUGAUAUUGAUGAUUUUAUCACGGAGAAGCCGCAUUAUGUUCAAUAUGGUGAAAUGAACGGAAAACGAAUUAUUAAUGUUUAUCAGUAUCCAGAUCAAAAAUUUGAGACAAUAAAUGUCCCUCUUCAUGUGGUCUACCGAUUUGAAGGAACUCCGAUCAUCAUUGGACAAGAAGGAACGUCGGUGGAAGCGAAGCGUGUCGUCAUUCUCAAUAUGCACAAUCCUUCACUUAAACCAAUUUUGGCGGGAUCACCAUUAGAACAUGAAAUGAGCCGGACGAUGACAGAAUUUGGUAUCAAUAGAUCCCAUCGCGACACGAAAGACCAUUUUUUGAAUGUGAACACCGGGUUUUUCCAGAAUCGAUUCGGAAUCGCGUUUCCCGAAUCGCGCGGAUCCAUUAUCGACUCUUUCAUUUUCUAUCAUCGCCUUCACGCGAUUCAUUAUAGAUUUCGAAAAUGCUCGAAUUUGGAUAAUUAUGAAAUUGUCGAAAUUUGGAAGGUGCUCAUGUUUCCCGACAUUGACAAUCGCAAUUUGCGUCGAAAAGAGUUGAAUUCGACGACCGACCAUGAAAUGCGAUUGCGACGGACCCAAUUUGUCGAUAUCACCUAUCUCGGUGAUUAUGUUAGAAUGGGUCAAAUCGCGACGACUAGGCAUUAUUUUGUUGUCGAGGUUAUCAUUGACAUCGCCCAUAUUAGCUAUGAUGGCUAUUAUACUAAUGACUACUCAUACGGUCAAAUAGUCCGUUUUCUUUAUUUUAUUGAUCGAAAAACUGGUGAGUUCGUUCGAAUCCACUCAUUCUAUGUGCCGGGCCGCGGUUGGGAUUCGAUCACGUCUCUCUGGAUCGAGAGCGAUGUUUUAAUUGUUGGCGAGACGAGAAAGGUAACCGCGUUUGAGCUCUAUGAGCCGCUUCAAUUGGAUGAGCCAGCCAAGAAGACUCGACGACGAGCUGGCCGGAAUGAGGAAGAGAAGUAUUCGAUUGAAGUCGCUGAGGAUAGAGUUGAUGAUCCGGACUAUGAGCCUUAA